UCCGCCCACUCUCAUCAAUCGAACCAUCACAGAAGUCUGAGCUGUUUUCAAAAUGUCCAUCGUUCACAUUGUACUAUUCGAGUGGAAGUCCACACUGUCCGCCGAGCAAGUCGAAGAGGCAUGUGCACGCAUGCUCGCACUCGGCCAAAAAUGCGUUCACCCAACUUCCCAGACUCCAUACAUCAAGUCUUCCACUGGAGGCCGUAACAACAGCCCCGAAGGCUAUGCUGGUGGCUUUACGCACGGCUUCGUAGUCGAGUUUGAGAGCGAGCAAGACCGCGACUACUAUGUGCACAAGGAUCCAGCCCACCAGGAGUUCCUCAAGUUCGCCUUGCCACUUGUGCAAGAUGUAAAGGUGGUAGACUACGUGCCUGGCAAGAUGUAGGGCUGAGAUGAAUGGAAUGCCCAUAAGAGGUUGCUUGUAACACUGAAUAGUGCAAAUAGUAUUCAUAGGACAUGGUGAAUGUGCCGAGGUCUACCACCGAGUAUGCUACGCCAGGUGAUGCAUUCUUGCCCAUCGAACAGGUCGUGAAUUAGGGUAUCAUGAAACGCUGAAGGAUUCUCCGCAACCGCACUGCUCAGCAGUGAUAUUUGGGUUUUUGAAGAUGAACCGCUGGUUCAACUUAUCCU